AUGAACCCUUCCAUUCCACCCUCAACGGCAGAAUAUGGCGGAGAUGAGGUCUCCGCCAUUGUGUUAGAUCCUGGCUACUCCACGACGCGCGCUGGCUUUGCCGGCGAAGACACGCCCAAAUCAGUUGUUCCCACCUACUACGGAAGAUACGCCGAAGAAUCCGACAAAUACAUCUUUGGAGAUGAUAUCUUCGUGACCCCUCGCCCUGGCGUUUCGAUACAUAAUCCGUUCGGUAGAGAUGGCGUUGUAGAGGAUUGGGACGUGGCUCAGAGACUCUGGGAGUAUUCGUUCAAAUCGCGCUUGACGGGCGCCAAACCAGGAAAUCCCAUGUACAAUGGCUUGAAUGAUGUUCCUGCUGAGGGCGAGGUACCGUCUGACGAGAUGGAAGGAGUCGAGACCGAAGAGAAGCCUCUCGCAGAUAGUCCUCUCUUGAUGACCGAAUGUGGGUGGAAUCCCACAAAGGCACGAGAGAAGACCAUUGAGAUUGCUAUGGAGAAUUGGGGUACCCCUGCAUAUUAUCUUGCAAAGAAUGGUGUACUUGCCGCUUUCGCGGCUGGUAAAGCGUCCGCCCUUGUCGUCGAUAUCGGCGCUUCAAACAUUUCCAUAACCCCCGUUCAUGAUGGAAUGGUACUCAAACGUGGUGUUCAACAUUCACCUCUCGGAGGAGACUACGUUUCAUCACAAAUUCGGGCGCUUUUCAAGUCUAACACUCCCCAGCCGAUCACUGUCACCCCACAUUAUCUGAUUUCAUCUAAGACGGUAGUUGAAGCUGGGCAACCUGCUCAGGCCGUUUACAAAACUUUCCCGGCCGACAAGGCCCCCGACGCCUCGUAUAGGAAGCUAUUAGAAGAACGCACUCUGACCGAAUUUAAAGAAUGCGUCGUGCAAGUAUGGCCUGGACCAAACAAACUGUCCUCCACCGGACCUAAUGGCAUCUCAAACGAGGACAUUGCAAAGAGCAGUCCCGGCCGACCAUUCGAGUUCCCCGAUGGGUACAAUCAGUCCUUUGGCGCUGAACGGUAUCGCGUCACCGAAUCCCUCUUUGACGCAAAGGCAUACAUCCAGGACCCCGAUUCUGAAUUCCCAGCACCCACCCCAGCACAAACCAUCCCAGAGCUCAUCAAAAACUCCCUCAACGCAGUGGAUGUCGAUAUCCGACCCCAUCUUCUACAAAAUGUGGUCGUCACCGGCGCAUCCAGUCUUUUGUACGGGUUCAAUGAUCGUCUGAACCAAGAAUUGAUGCAACUCUACCCUAGCCCUAGGGUCCGUAUAUCCGCUCCGGGAAACACUGCUGAGAGACGAUUCGGCUCCUGGAUCGGUGGAAGUAUUUUGGCUAGUUUGGGCACUUUCCAUCAAAUGUGGAUUUCGAAGAAGGAGUAUGAUGAGCAUGGUCCUAAUAUUGUUGAGAAGCGGUGCAGGUAA